AUGAAAGCAACUCGGAUACUGAAAGACAGGCCCAAAACCAGAGAUUCCGUCGACAUGGCAACGGCUCGGCGGAGCCACCGACUGGAAAGUGCGUAUGGUGACACGUCUCCACACAUUCCUGAGCGUCUCCCAGGAUGCGCCGCAAGCGACGGAUUAAGGACACGUUGGUGGUCGCGCCGCCCCACUGGCUCGACCAAAAAGCCGCUCUAG